CUCGCGAAAGUAAACAAUGGAGCGUACCUCCGUCCGGUAGACAGAAACGGCAACAUCGCACACGUUUGCGCGCGCGCGUGCGGCGGCGAUCCAUGUGACAGAGAAGGAACGUGACAAAAGGUGGCGGAGGGUGACGCUGCCGCCGUGCGAUCCGAGCGCGAGUGUUUGCCCGGGCGAGCCGGGUGUCGGGUGUGCUCUGCUCUGCGCGGCGCGUUCUUUCACGUUUCGCGUACGUGUCCGUGCGCUUGCGGCGUCGUGCGACGUAGGGUAAGCAUUAGGUUCUCGCGGUGGAACGUUUCGCGUAACGUGUCGCGUGCCCGCAGUGAAGAGAACGUGACGGGGGGCAAAGCGGCCGCAGAGACGGAGUGCGCGGAUUUAACGGCUGACCGCCGUUACACAGGACGACGAUAACGACGACGACGACGACCGACCGACCGACCGACGAAACGAACGACCGAAAGGCAGGAAAGCUCCGCGAUACUUGUCUUCACACGCCCAGCCAGCGGGAUUGCUGCGUCACAUGGGCCGCGCUCAUUCGUCGAUACAGCCGGGUGACGUCACAUACCGCGCGACGAUUGGACGGCAACGCGGUGCCCGGACACGUGAAUCGUGGCCGAGCAGGCAUGGCAGUUUGAUGCGCAGUGGUUUUCAGCACUUGUAAGAUGCCAUCGCCACGCGCCAGAUCGAUCAGGUUAUAACCCGCGUUUCGCCGCGCGCUCCGAAACGGUCGGUCCGUCGCGCGGUCGCGGUUACGGGCAUUUCUUUUCGCGUCGGUACGCCGUGUUGUCGGCCGCUCGCUUAAUCCGAUCGGACACGGCGAAGCGUUCCUCGCCACGCGCGCUCCUGACAGAAUCACACAAAUACGCGGAUAUCGUGCUCAAGCCAGACGAGUGAAGAGUGAGUGAGCGAAUUUCAUAGCGGAAAGAGGGUGCGAGACUAUUUAUCCGCUCAUCGCGGUAGUGUCUACUCGUCGCUGUAGGGCUCGUCGUUCUAGCCUGUGUGUAUCAACGCGUCAAUCAGGAUACGUGCGUUUCAGUUCAUUGCCAAGCGCAGCGAGCAGCAACAGAAGGAUAGAGACAAAAGAUUUGGUCCUGCCAACUCAUCGCCGGCGUCCAGAACCGGCGGCGGCUGCGGCGUCGGCGUCGGCGACCGCCGCAACGCCGGCGGUUCGAUGCGACGGGCUCAGCACGAUCAUUCGGCGAGUGUUCGCGAGUUCAAGGAGCCCGCGCAACAGCAGCAGCAACACCACUACCACCAUCGGACUACCAUCCCUUCCACGCCCGCCGCGACGGAACAACAUACCGGUCGCAGGAUGAGCCUGGAAACCUUGCUGCAAGCGGCCUACUAUGUCGAACAAGAGGAAAAGAAGCGCCUCGCAAGCACCUCUUCCUCCUCUUCCACGGACCUACACUCGUUCGCGUCCACACCGCCCCACUCUAACCAUACUUAUGCUUCUACCGAGCCACGUGGUACCAAAUUCAAAAGAGAACGCACAGAGUCAGAUGAUCUUUUCUGUGAGGAGAAAAUGCUGAUUAUCGAUGAGGAGGAGCCGUUGGAAAACAACAGGACGAGUCAGUCGAUCGCGUCCCGGGGGAAUUCCGUGGUCUCCAGCACGCGAGUCACGCCGUCGUCAACCGGAUCGAACUCCGUUCAGUUGACUGCGCUGCAUUCCACGUCUCACCAUCACCACCCGCAUCAUCAUCAUUCUCAUCACCAUCAUUCGCAACAGCAGCAGCAACAGCAGCAGCAACAUCAGCAGCAGCAUCAUCACAGCGAUCAUCAUGGCACACACAAUAAUUACAUGGAGAAUCACAAUCCGAAUCAGUCUCAACAAAAUGUGGGGAGUCUUGUUGUCGACGUCGAAACGAGCCACGACAACAAGAAGCAUCGAACUGGACCGUGUGUUCUCCGAUCUGGUACGAGAGAAGUACACAAUAAGCUAGAGAAGAAUCGUAGAGCCCAUCUUAAAGAGUGUUUUGAACUCUUGAAAAGACAGCUACCGUCGCAAGACGAGAAGAAAUCUUCGAAUCUUUCUAUUCUUCAUGCUGCAAACAAAUACAUACAGGCAUUGAGAAAAAAAGAACGAGAAAUGGAGCACGAAAUGGAAAGACUUGCAAGAGAGAAAAUUGCCUCUCAGCAGAAAUUGGUAGCUUUGAAAAAGGAACUGCACGCGACUUACGAUCAUAUUGACAUUAACUCUCUUCUGCUGGAACAAAACUCAGGAGCGGACGUGACUAUCAAGAACGUUUCAGAGAGCGCGGAGGUUGACGUUGCCGGACUACCGCGAGGCGGAACGAGGUACAGUAGCACGAGCAGCCUGAGCAGCGUGACUACGGCCAGUUCUCCGCAGGCGUUGCAGUCCACCAGCACGACGUCCAGCAUCCACAAUCAAGCCGCGACCGCGGGCGUCGUUUGCCAAACGCAGGAUCUGAAUCUUGCGCGCGGCUCCAGGGAAAGUCCACCCGCGAGCUCGACCCCCGGAACAGCGUCUGCGCCCAGUAUUCCCGCCCCGACGCAGGAGAAAGUCGCUACGUCGAAUACCAACAUCGUGCAGCAGCCGCAUCAGCUACACCUUCCAAUAAGCGCCCAAAUGUUGAACACGAGUCAGGGUCUCGCGACCAUCGUGCCGACUCUGCAGCACAUCGGCCCGGGUCUCAGGGUGAUACCGGGUGACACGCGGCAGCUCUUGGUCGCGCACACCGCCGGGAACAAUGAAUCCAGGCCGCUGACGCUGGCGGUGCAGAACUCUUCGGAUCAGUCCAGGCCUCCGUUGAUCGCUGUGCAAUCGAAUGCUGGAAACGAGCCAAGGCCUGUGGCGCUGGUCGUUCAUUCGUCCACCGCCAACGACAACCGAGUGACAUUUGUACACUCGAAUUUGUCAAACAACGACAGGCCGCUGGCCUUGGCCGUGCAAUCGUCCGCGAGUGACGUGAGGCCUGUCACUUUCGUGCACUCCGGGAACGAGGGUCGGCCGCUGGUCCUCGCCACGCAUUCCCCCGCGCUCAACGUGUCCAAUGCGCAAACGAGAAUAAGGACGGGAGACGCGCAGACUACGCAUAAGAUGGUCGGUGGCGUAACACUGGUCGGAGGUAAUGGCUCGGAAUUGGCAAGACUUCCCGGCGGUGCGGAACUGAAUAUACUCCCAGCCAAUGGGUUAACUUUAAGUCACACGGGGGUGUCGCUUCAAGCCGCCGCGGGCAAACCAGGCUCAACAAUGAUGCAGAGCGCUCCGUCCACAGAAAGUAUAGCCCACAUCGUUGGUCAGCACGCACCUCUCUCCGGCUUGACGCCAAUUGUCACACCGAUGACCGUCGUCUCCCAGGGUAACCAGGUGACCGCUCACAUUCUGGCGCCGUCUAGUCUCGCGGGGAAAAUGAUCACGACUCCUAUCCUCAAGUCCGUUGGACAAAUGCCGCUCGUGAAUGCUCAGUAUCUUAACACCACGACUUUGGUGAAGCCAGUUGUUGUGGUGAGUCAACCGUCGCCGUCGACAUCGACGGCGUCUUCGACGACGGCCACCAAUACACAACCCUCGUCGACUUCGAACUCGACCGUCUGACAAAAUCGAGAGAAAGCGAAACUAAUCUGAUCGCGUUGGAACAUCAGAAUGUGGAUUACUGCAUUUCACGGUAGAUCUUUAUGUUCAUCUAAAGUAAAUCUACUUGGUUAUGUGUUGGGAUCGACGAGUCGCUUAGGUACAAUAGGAUUAGCGUCUCAAAAUUACGGGCAGAGCAGUAAUCAUCGUGAAAGAAUCUUAUACGAAAGAAAAGUGAUUUUGCAUUUUAGAAUUUCACUUGUGUCCCGUGAAGAAGCUGAAUUCUCAGGAGUAAAUCAACUACGAAAAUGUGAGAAAAAGAUCUUGCUCAACUCGUGCGGUAUAUGUUGUGCAUUUUGAUUUUUUUUAUUAAAAAAAAAAUUGUUUAUGUC